AUGUCUUACGACGAAUACGAGUACCUUGAGCGCCAGCUGGAUGGGGAGGUCAGCCACGUCCCAGAUGCAAAAGCAGCGCGGAGCAAGUCCCGUUCACGAGAUCGAUCACGGCCAUAUUCGGACCAUUAUCGCUCUUCUCAGCGCUCGCUAUCUCGCAGGCGGUCGCUGACGCCCCCUUCAGAGCGGCUGGCUCGUGAAAAAGAACGCGAACUGAGGGAGCUGGAACGUGCUACCCGGACCGUCUUCGCGUAUAACCUAAGCUUGCGCGCGGACGAGCGUGACAUAUUUGAGUUUUUUUCCAAGGUCGGCCGCGUAGUAGACAUCAGGCUCAUCACUGACAAAAACACCAAGAAGUCGCGAGGCCUUGCGUAUGUGGAGUUUAGCAAAGUCGAAGAGGUUAUUUCUGCGGUCGCUCUCACGGGCAACAUCCUGAAGGGGCAGCCCGUUAUGGUGAAGGCAUCGGAGGCCGAAAAGAACAUGGCUUGGGAGGCAGCUCAGCAGCAGAAGCACUCCGCCCAGGCUGCGACGCAUCAACUUCUGAGCUCCCUGGCUUCAUCUACUGGGUCUGGUGGUAAGGGGACAAAUCAGGUGGCUUUAGCGGGCAACGGGCCCUGCUGGCUGCAGGUCAGCAAUCUUGUGAAGGAGCUUGGAGAGGCGGAGGUCCAGCAGCUUUUUGCUCCUUUUGGCAAGCUUGAAGCAGUGCAGUUGCGCAGGGAUGCUACUGGUCGGAGCACAGGUAUCGCCUACCUCAAGUUUGGGGCAAUGGACGCUGCUGCAGGGGCCAUGGCUCACUGGCACGGUCGCAAGCUAGUGGAUUCACAUCUGACCGUCAUAGCAACGGCUCCGCCUACCCCAGAAAUGUUGGCGCCGGCUCUUCCAGCGGUUCCUGUCUUGCCGGGCUUGUUGCCCGAUGUGAUGCCGUCUUUGGCGAUGUUGAAUGCAGUCGGAGCUGUAGCUCCCGGUUUGGUAGCAGCGCCGACAGCGACAGCAAUUGCUCCAACCCCAGGCAUGGCCGCUGCCACCGCAACACAGGCCGCUGUGGUCACCACUGGAGAGCUUGACGAAGAUAAUGAGGGCGGCGGCAUCAAGAUGAGCGCACAAGGGCGUGUCGCGUUAAUGACGAAAUUGGCGGGCUCGGCCGGGCUCCCUGCACCCCCAACUAGUGUACUUCCUGCAGGCGUGACCAACGCUGUGGCCCAUGCAGUACUGUCUGUUGAUCCCGUGCUUCUCAUGCAGCAGGGUGUGCUUGGUCCGAGCUCGCCAAUAGCCACGCCAUGCUUGCUUUUGAAAAACAUGUUUGAUGCAGCCGCAUCAGCCGGUGACGCAGCAGCACAGAAUGCAGCAGCGUCCGUCCUUGCUGCCGAGGUCGAAGUUGAUGUUCGCGAGGAAUGUUCGAGGUUUGGCGAGCUCCUGCAUGUGUGGGUAGAUGCUAAGAGUAAGGGCUUUGUCUACCUGCGCUUUGCGACAACCCAAUCAGCAGAGGCAGCGCAUCGAGCCCUGCACGGUCGCUGGUACAGUGGCCGGCAAAUUCUGGCGGAGUACCAGUUCAUGCCAUUGUACAACAGCCACUUCAAGCUGCAAGCCAAGCAGUCAACAUGCGCGGUGCUGGAGGUAUGUUCUAAGGCGCGGAGAGUUAUUGCUCUCCGCUUGGUUCAAGCUUUCUCUUUGUAA